AUGGAGGAGGAGGAGGAGAUGUCCAAGGAGAAGGCCAACAACGAAAGCCAGGGCCAGGCAGCCUUGGAGGAGCAGCCAAAGAAGCCCUUGGGGAAGAAACAGGGCAGCAAGCCGGUCGCCCACCGUGGCUUCAAGAAGUUCUCCCCUCGAGGCCACCAUGGGCUGCUCAGCCAUGCCGGGCGGUGCCUCGAUUGCGGGAAGGGCUUCGGCUUUGGCAAGCGCUCACGGCUGCUCGGCAGCGCCGGUCUGGAGAAGCCCUACAAGUGCAGCGAGUGUGGCAAGUGCUUCCGCCUCAACUCCACCCUGGUGACCCACCAGCGGCGCCACACCAGCACCAAGCCCUACCGCUGCGCUGAGUGCGGCAAGAGCUUCAGCGUCGGCUCUGCCUUCAUCCAGCACCAGCGCAGCCACGCGGGCAAGAAGACAGGCGCCAGCCCAGCCCGACCCUGCGAGUGCAACGUCUGCGGCAAGAGCUUCAGCCUCCCUGCCCACCUCAUCAAACACCAAAAGCAACACCUGGAAGAGAAGCCCUACAAGUGCACCGAGUGCGGCAAGGGCUUCAACUGGAACUCGCACCUGGAGCGCCACCGGCGCAUCCACACGGGCGAGAAGCCCUACGUCUGUGAGGACUGCGGCCGCGCUUUUGCCUGGAGCUCUCACCUGGACCGCCACCGACGCAUCCACUUCGGCAGCGUCCCAGCUUCCCCUUGCAAAUGCUGCCUGGCUGCCAUGACCACAUCAGCCAGCAGAGCCAGCACCAAACCCUACCAGUGCGGGGAAUGCGGCAAAGGGUUCAACAAGAACGCUGCGCUGUCCAAGCACCGACGAGCUCACCAUGCUGCGGAGAAACCCUACGUCUGUGAGGACUGCGGGAAGAGCUUUGGGCUGAACGGUGCCCUGCUGCAGCACCGGCGCACCCGCCACCCCAACGACUCUGCCAAGCCCUACGCCUGCGGCGACUGUGGGAAGAGCUUUGCCUGGAGCUCCCACCUGGACCGGCACCGGCGCAUCCACGCUGGCGACAAGCCCUUCCACUGCGACGACUGCGGCAAGGGUUUCUCACAGAGCUCCCACCUGGAGCGGCACCAGCGCACCCAGACAGGCGAGAAGCCCUACUCUUGCGUAGACUGCGGCAAGUGCUUCGCCCAGAACUCGGCCCUGGCCAAGCACCGCCGCAUGCACACUGGCGAGAAGCCGUACAAGUGCAACGAGUGCGGCAAGAGCUUCAGUGUGCGCUCCAACCUGCUGAAGCACCAGCGCACCCACCUGGGCGAGAAGCCCUACAAGUGCGGCGACUGCGGCAAGGGCUUCAUCCAGAAGUCGGACCUCACCAAGCACCGGCGCAUGCACACCGGCGAGAAGCCCUACCGCUGCGACGCCUGCGGCAAGUGCUUCAGUGUCAGCUCCAACCUCAUCAAGCACCAGCGCAUCCACCUGGGCGAGAAGCCCUACGCCUGCGGGGACUGCGGGAAGGCCUUCAUCCAGCGCUCGGAGCUCACCAUCCACCAGCGCACCCACACCGGGGAGAAGCCCUACAAGUGCGGCACCUGCGGCAAAUGCUUCAGCCGCAGCUCCCACCUCAACCGCCACCAGCGCACCCACAGCAAUGAGAAGGCGGGCGCCGCCCCUGUCUCCCUGCUUGCUGCUGGCACCGCCAAGCCUGCCGCUCCUCUCCCCAUCUCCGCCUUCUCGGCCUCCUUUGCUUCACCGGGCCCUCUCCCUACACUGUCGUCCUUCCCUUCCUCCCCCUCCCCCCUCCCCCUCCCUUCUCUGGAUCUACCCUGGGCCUUGCCUUUCCCCGCCCGAGGCUUCCAACAUCCCUCCUUCCCUUCGCCUGCCCCUUCUGGCGCCCAGGCCUCUUCCUUGAUAAACUAG